UUCACCGGAGUCUCACCGACACCGAGCCUCCGCUGCCCGUCUGCGGGACCGUGUGCCGGUCCGUCCGGAGGCCCGGGCCGCUGAGAGAGGCCUGAGGAGACAGAGCAGCCCGCUGGUGUCCCUGACCCGGGACGUCCCGGUGAGAGCAGAGCCGAGCCGAGCCGGUCCGGUCCGGUCCGCUGUGUGGACGCUGGUCCUCCCCGCUAGCUGCUGAGGUUAGCAUAGCGGCUACAUGCUAGCAGGCUAACGGCUCGGCCGGUCCGGUUCCGUCAGAGGUCAGCAUGGACCGGACUCUGGACGUAGAGACAGCAGCCGGUCUGACGCGGCCUGCCCCCCCCCCUCACUGCCCCCCGUCAGCCCGGCCCUGUAACCGGGUCGGGUUCGGGUCGGUCGGGUUCGGGUCGGGUUCGGGUCGGGUGUGUGUAGCAGCCAUGCAGGCUCAGCUGCAGUACGACUUCUACAGCGACGACAACAGAAACAAGUGGAGAGGCCUGCUGGUGCCCUCUCUGGAGAAGGUCAUCUUGAAGGAAAAUGUCUGUCCAGGAGGACUGAGGAUCGAGGAGAACCAUGGUGGUCUGACAGAAGGGGAGGGGCUUCACCUCUCUAUUACCUGUCUCACCUGUUUGUCAGAAAGGUGA